AGGAAGGAAGGCGGGCGGGCGCGCGCGCGCUCGCGCCGAGGCGCCUCAGUUCAGGGGCGCCCACGGAGUAGCCGCCAUAUGCCGCGGCGGCGGCUCGCGUUUCCAUUGCCAGCCUCGCCGUCGCGGAGCGGCGGCAGCCCCCCGGCCUCCUCCCCGCGGCGGGCGCGGACGUAGCGUUUUUCAAUGGGAAGUUCUCACUUACUAAACAAGGGCUUGCCUCUAGAAAAAAGAAUUGAAGCAUUUGUUUUGAAAAAAGAAAAACACAUUUAAAGAAUUACAUGGACUUUGCAAACAGAUUUAAGAAAAUGAAAGUAAAAAUUUGAACGCCAUCCAGGCUACAGAGGUUGCAGUGGAUAAGAAGUUUAAAAGAUUUGGUUCAAGAUUACAGGAGGCUGCAAGAAAAAUUAAAGACAUGGAAAUGAGGAUGGAAUGACAGGCUGCUAUUUUGCCUCAGAAUACUGAAGAUUGUAAAGCAUUGAGAAAUCGAAUUCAUGACCCUGGAAAUCAAGCUCAGAUUAAGAAAUGUCAGGCAUUCGACCUCCGAUCAUGAAUGGGCCCAUGCACCCGCGCCCUUUGGUAGCAUUGCUGGAUGGCAGGGACUGUACAGUAGAAAUGCCUAUUCUGAAGGAUGUAGCCACAGUGGCGUUUUGUGAUGCUCAGUCUACACAAGAAAUUCACGAAAAGGUACUAAAUGAAGCAGUGGGUGCACUGAUGUAUCACACGAUCACUUUAACACGAGAAGACCUGGAGAAAUUUAAAGCACUUCGAAUAAUUGUCCGAAUUGGCAGCGGUUUUGAUAACAUUGACAUCAAAUCUGCUGGAGAUUUAGGAAUCGCAGUGUGUAAUGUGCCAGCUGCCUCUGUAGAAGAAACAGCAGAUUCUACCAUGUGCCACAUUCUGAACCUGUACAGGCGAACCACCUGGCUUCACCAGGCUCUGCGAGAAGGCACAAGAGUACAAAGCGUGGAACAGAUUCGGGAAGUGGCUUCUGGAGCUGCCAGGAUCAGAGGGGAGACCUUGGGCAUUAUUGGAUUAGGGCGUGUUGGGCAAGCAGUAGCACUACGUGCCAAAGCCUUUGGCUUCAGUGUGAUUUUCUAUGACCCAUACCUCUCAGAUGGCAUGGAGCGUGCUCUGGGACUGCAGCGGGUGAGCACUUUGCAGGACCUGCUGUUCCACAGUGACUGCGUUACCCUGCACUGCAACUUGAAUGAACACAAUCAUCAUCUUAUUAAUGACUUCACCAUAAAGCAGAUGAGACAAGGGGCUUUCCUGGUCAACACAGCUCGAGGUGGGUUAGUAGACGAAAAAGCACUUGCACAGGCCCUGAAGGAAGGAAGGAUACGAGGGGCAGCCUUAGAUGUACAUGAGUCAGAACCAUUCAGCUUUAGUCAGGGCCCCUUGAAGGAUGCACCAAACCUGAUCUGUACCCCACAUGCAGCCUGGUAUAGCGAACAAGCCUCCAUUGAGAUGCGGGAGGAAGCAGCGCGAGAGAUCCGAAGGGCGAUCACAGGUCGUAUUCCAGACAGCCUGAAAAACUGUGUUAACAAAGAUCAUUUGACUGCAGCUACACAUUGGGCCAGCAUGGAUCCCGGCGUUGUUCAUCCAGAGCUUAACGGUGCUGCAUACAGCAGGUAUCCCCCGGGCGUCGUAAGCGUGGCUUCCACUGGCAUACCUGCAGCAGUAGAAGGAAUAGUCCCCAACCCUAUGUCUUUAUCACACGGCCUCCCUGCUGUAGCCCACCCGCCCCAUGCUCCUUCCCCAGGCCAAACUGUCAAACCAGAAGCUGAUAGAGACCACCCAAGCGACCAAUUGUAGCCUACGAAAACAGCAUUCCCAGCAUCGCAGAUUUCAACUUCAGCGUGUGGAAAAACAAACAAACAAACACAACAAAACAAAACCCUGGAUUUUGAUUAAAGGCAAAACCCAUGAACUUACAGGAGGAGACGAUUAUUGGUUUAGAAACUGGUCCAAUAUACAGUAUAAAAGGAAAAGGUGGGAGACAAAAAAGAAGAUUUGGAAACAUUUUUUUCCUCCGUAUAAAUUGUAGUUUGUCCCUGUCCAGUGGACUGAUUCACUGUUUCUGUGUCCUAUGGGUUCUUUGUUAAGCAAGAGAAGUUAGUAGUUAAUUAUAUCAUGAAUGUACUUGUCUGUGUACAGUUUUUAGAACAUUAAAAAGGGUUUGUUUGCUUAGCUGUUGACAAGGAAAAAACAUAAGGGAGGCAUUCAACAAACCAAUUUUGAGAUUAAAAAGUCUUUCUUUUUAUAUUUUAAAACAUGCCCAAAAAUGAGGCAGUUGGCAAACUUCUCAGGACAAUGAAUUUUUCCCAUUUUUCUUUCUACGCCACACAGUGCAUUGUUUUUUCUACCUGCUUGUCUUAUUUUUUAGAAUAACUUAGUAAGCAAAAGAAAAACAGUUUCUCUUAAUUUUUGGCAUGAAUUUCCCUUAUUUCAAAGUGAAGACAACCGUGCAAAGAGAUUUUGAGGAAACAAACAAACAAACAAAACCCCAACCCCAAACAAAACAACAGAAUGAGGUUUUGUAUAAACGAGCAUUCUUGUGCUUUUGGUCACCAGUUACAAGUAUAUAUUAUUGGUGGUAAUGCAAAAAAGGCACUAGACUACUGAAAAGUAGCAGCAUUUCAUUGCCUACAUUGAUUCCUUCCUGGUAAUGUGGUAGGCUAGCAAUAUUUUUGGUUAAAAAAAAAAAAGAAACCAUGUUUGUGACUGUAACCAUUUGUAUGGAAUUAUUUUAAAGAAAUAAAAAUCCCAGACAAAUAUCACAACGUGUAAAAAAUUAUUAUUUUUUAUUUCUAGUAACUUGUUUAUUCAACUUUUAUUAGGUUCCUUAGCUGUAAUUUUUAAACAGGUGCUGUCAAGUUAUUUCCUUUCUAGCUUUACUUUGCUCUCUGUUGUUUGUAACACUGUCUUGGAAGCUUGAGAAAAAAAAAAGCCAAUAAAAAAAGAGUCCCCAGUUCUUUCCAUACCAUUUUUGCCUUUACAUUUCAUAAAUGUUGAUCUCUCUUUUAUUUUUUUUCUUCCCCUUUCCUGUGUUUCUAAUGGAGUUUGAGAUUAAGAUGGAUUUUGAUUUGUACAUCGGCACCGUCAGCUACGAUACGGUAACGUUGGCGUUGAUGCCAAGCACUGUGGGCAGAGCAGAGGAGGUACAACAGCAACACAACAGUAAUAAUAAUGAUAAUAAUAAACGUCUUUUGCCGAAGUCCAACA